AUGUCGUGGCAAGAAUACGUUGAUAACCAACUCGUUGUGCAUGAAUGUAUUUCGCAAGCCGCCAUUUAUGGUCAAAACGGCUCAUUAUGGGCUACCUCUCCAGGGUUUUCUUUGAGUCCAGAAGAAGUUACCUCUAUCGUUGAGGCCUUUGGUAAUGCUGAAAAAAUUCAAGCUAAUGGAAUAUUCUGCAACAGUCAUAAAUACUUUGCUCUUAGUCAUGAUGAAACAAACAUUCACGGCAGAAUGGACAAGGAUGGAGUCAUUGCAUCGAAAACAAAAAGUGCUGUUAUCAUCGUCAUUUACACUGGAGAGAUGGCUGGGGGAAAUGCAAACAAAAUUGUUACAGGUCUAGCCGACUACCUGAUCUCACAAGGCUAC